CUCCUCCUCGACGUCCAUCUUGUCGCCCUCAUCGUCCUAGCCGCCAUUGACGAUGUCUGACUAUCAACCAACCGAGAUCGAUGCGCUCGUACCUCCCGACACGCGUCCACCUCAUUACAAUGCCACUGCUCCUGCUCCACAUCCAACAGGCAACGAAGAAGAGCGACAACAACAGCAGAAACGGCAUCCCGAUCCGUACAAGCGGUCGUUUAUUCCCCGUUUGCUUCUCUUUAUGUUACUGUUCCUGCUCGCCUUUGUGUCAUUGCUACUCCUGCUAUCCUUGCUCUUGGCCCUCAUCCACCCUGGACUCUCCGUCUGGCUCCCCCCUCACCGGAGCUCGACCAGCACCCCCCUCCUUCUCUCCUUCAUCUCCGCUCUCCUCUCUCUCUCCUCUCUCCUGACGUUCGACACUCCCAGUAUUAUGACACGCGUGGUGCUCUGGUUCUGCCUCGGAUGUGCAUUCCUCGAUCUCAUCCUCCUCGUCUCUGUAAACUCCCUGAGGCACCGCGAGAACUGGCUCGGCAUCAGUUCCAUCUUGCUUAUAUUAGCGACUCUAGCUACAGCCCUCGGAGCGAACGUAUAUGUGGACAAGGUAUACAAAGAAACUGCCCGUGCGCAACUGGCUAUGACCCCAGAAGAAGCGGAGGUCCGAGCGAUGAUCGUUGCUACUCAAGGCGGGUACUGGGCAGGAAGGAUAAAAAAGGCUCUGAAAGUUCUUCUCGAAUUUAUGCUGGCAUUUACGAGCGCUAUCGGACUUUUUAUGAUCACCCUCAAUUUGGUCGUGGUAGCUGCAGACUCCACACUUGACCUCCCCUAUCCGACUUCUCAGCUCGUGUCUGUCCAACCACCUCCCUCCCGUUGGCCAUACAACAUCCAUAUAGCCUGCGCCGGCCAGCGGAACAACACCGUUCCUCCUUCUCUUGUCUCUGCUGGGAAGCAGCGUCCCGUGAUGCUUUACGAAUCCAUGUCCGGCAUACCCGGUACUCUAGGAGGAGAAUGGGUCUUCCGUCUUGCCGAAGAAGGCGUCGAGCGUGCUUGUAUCUGGGAUCGCCCAGGCUACGGAUUCUCCGACUCUUCCCCUGGCUCGGACGUGCCCCACGUCACCGAAGCUUUACAUUCUGCUCUCAAGCGGAUGGAUGAAUCCGGGCCAUUCAUGCUCAUUGGCGCGGGUUAUGGCGGACUCGUCACGCGCUACUUUGCCACGCUUUACUCUAAGCAGACCCAUUCGGUGCUGUACAUCGAAUCCCAGCACCCAUCCCUCUUCUAUCAAGGCCCACCACUUUCCAGCGCCCCAGACUUCUGGAGAUACGCAGGGUCGGCGCUCGGGUGGAGUCGGCUAGCAGACUUCGUACGCGGUGAGAGGCCGUCCAACACCCGUUGGUGGCGUACUGUGGGUCCGAACGCCGAUGGUCUCCAAAAAGUCCGCCUGGACGAACGACUCCAGGCCCACAGGCGUGAUUCGCUAUCCAGCAUUGCACUAAACAGCACCUAUCCUGAUUACCCCUUUCACACGCCUACAAUCGUCCUCACUAGCAGAGAGAGGAUGGACAACACCUCGAACUGGCAGAGGGUACAGAGGGACAUCUGGAGCGGCGCGGUUGGGGAUGCAAAGGUCGCGUGGAGGAUUGUCAAGGGCACGGAGCAUGAUUUGUGUAAGGGGCUGAGGGGUGAGGGGGAGUGCAGGAGGGCUGUGGAAGAAUUGCUUCUGCUCUAA